AUGGUGUGGCUUGAUGGAGGUGGUGAUAGGAUGGUUUUGAUUCAUACUGAUGCACCUUCGAGUAGUGCACAAGGUAAGAAGCUUAAAAGAGAAGCUGGGGAACAAGGCACUUCCAGAAAACAUUUUUGGGUUUGGGCACACUAUGAAGUGAUUGUUGAAUUUCCUCCGGAAACUCAGAGAGCCAAGUAUUUGUAUUAUGAAGCAAGCUUGUCUUGUGCAACUAAAAAUGUCACUUCUUGUUUGAUUAAUCAUCUCAUUCGAUGUCAAAAGUGUCCUUUUAACAUUGAGGCAAUGAGGACAAAAUUGGAAUUGGGUGCCAAGGUAGGAAAAGGGCAAAAAAGAACAAGGGUUUUGCCACCAUCUACACCUGGUUUUAGCUAUGGAAGAUUCAAGUUGAAAGAUGUUACUAAAAUUUUUGAGGCUUAUGGUGCAAAUAUUGCUAAGGAUUUGUCUAAGGUAGAAAAGAUAUUAGAGGCUUUGUUUGUGUCUUAUAGUUCAUCACUUGUAUCACGACAUAGAGACACUUCGAGUCAGCUUGUUGAUUUAAACUUGAAUGAUAUGAUAGAAGGCGAUGUUAUUGUGGAUGUUGCUUCAUUCUUGAAUUCUUAUUUUGUUGAAAAUGAAGAAGAUGAAAAUCUUGUGGAUGUUGCCAAGGGCAAGAUUCUGGAGGAUUGCUACUACUAUGGGAAGGCAUCAAUGUCACUACCCAGAGUGAUUCUUGGUACUGUUGCUAAUAGGACGUGA